AUGAUGAGAAUCAACUCACACACCAAAGUGGGAUGUGCCUGCAAUGGCUGCAAGGCUCGGAGAAACAAUGAUGCGAUGUCUGUGGCUCGGACCAUCCAUGGUACUUUCCCAGCCAGUUCCAGCUUUGGCUGUGGCAGUGGCAGCCCAGGUGCCAGCAGCAGCAGCAACAGCAGCAGUAGCAGCAAGAGCGAUAGCGACUCUGAGCACGUCGCCAAUUCUUACGCGACUCGACUUCGUCCGCGCCCUCGCCAGCCCACGAUUCCCAUUACCCCCACGAAGACUCCGAGAAAAGGCGCUGCCAAAACCCCGCCUUCGCGCGCCGGCAAAAUGUCGACCCAGACGGGCAAGUUCCGCGAGGACCAGGUCCUCAUCAUCUGUCCCGGCAGCAAGACCACCAUGGCCCAGCUGGGAUGCGGCGAGCUUACCCCGCCCGUCCAUCGUAUCCCGACACGCAUGUUCAAGGACGCCGAGACGGACGAGUGGCGGCCCUUCCACACCUUCAAGCGCAAGAAGGCCAAUGCCAAUGUCGCGCUUGCCAUCGAUGGCCCGCGGACCGACGAUGAUGACUACGAGUGGGUUGAGGAUACCGACUCGGACGAAGGAGCUGUCUACCCUAUGCAAGGUGCGAUUUCUUCGAUUGCUGCUGCUUCUUUUCACGCGUUCCUGGCGUUUCUUGACCAUGUUCACAGCAUGCUCACCACCACCUACCACAAUACCCCAAUCAUGCUCAUGGCCUCGCCUCAAUGGUGCCGCCCCGACACCGAGACGAUCGCGCGCUAUAUCUUCGAAAAGACUCGCACUCCUUCCCUCUGCAUGAUCCACAGCGGUAUCGCUACCCAGUAUGGCCUCAAGUGGCCCAGUCUCACUGUGGUGGAUAUUGGUUACGAAAAGGUCGACGUCACCUGUAUACACGACGGCCGCGUGGUCAACCAUGGAGAGCUCGGUUCCCCGACCCCGGAGCGCUUCAUCUCGGGUGGAGACAUGUUCACGCGCAAGCUCCUUGAGAAGCUCAAGGAUAAGGACUUCAAAUACGACAUGGCGGAGCAGCUGAAGAAGAGCCACAUCUGCGAGACGGCAGGAGCUCCUGCCAGCGCGCCUGUUGCCGAGGCGGCUCCUACUACCGCACCGACUGCGCAACCGAUUGUUCCUGCCGCCGAGGAGGAGAUUGAGGAGAAGGCGGCUGAGGAGGGUGUUCUCGAUGUGGCGUCCAUUGUGACGAGCGGAAAUGCGCGUGAGUUCCUCGCCAAGAAGGAGAAGGAGAAGCAAAAGGGUGGCAGAAAGGCCAAGGCUACUCAGGAAGCCGAGGCUGCGAAGCCGGUUCGUCUGCCCAACUCCAAGAGAACUCACAACACCUUCCACUUCGAAGAGGUCGUCAUGGAGGAGGCCUCUCCCGCCACCAACGGUGCUCCUCAGAUGCAGGCCAAGCGCAUCCGCCGCGAUAUUGAGGUCGGUCUCGAGCGCUUCACUUUUGCUGACCGUGGCGAGAUCGACCGCAUUGUAACCACAAUCUACCGCACUAUUCAAGGCAUCGACGACAUGUACAUGCGCCCUCCGUGCUGGGACAACCUUGUCUUCGUCGGCAAUGGCGCUCGCCUCCGCGGUUUGAAGGACAACAUUGUCCAGACCCUCUUGGCUCGCCACCUCAUCUCUCCCAGCACGGCGACAAUGUUCACCUCGGAGCUGCCGUCUAACAUCGCGACUCCCACUGGCACCGGUGCGCAGACUCCUACGGGCUCUUUCACGGGCGCCCCGCACCAGCUCCCUGCUAAUGCCGCCGCCGGCUCCUCGGGCGUCAAUCCCCUGCUUCAGGCCGCGACCACGACGCCCACGAGCAUCAAGCUGGCGACGCUGCCCACCUACCUCAGCGAGUGGAACAAGAACGGCUUCGAGGAGGCCAUGUUCCUGGGAGCGCAGGUUGCCGCGCGCAUCGCUUUCUGCCAGCACAAUCUCGAUAUGGCCGGUCUCGAGGCUCAGCGUCAAGCCAGCCUAAGCAGAGUCGACUAUAACGAGCUUGGCCCCAAGGGCAUUCGCACCCACUCCAUGCUCAAGUAG